AUUCUCUUCACUCUUUUAAAAAUCGUCACAAGUGUCUCAAUAGAGAUCUAUUAAAGGGUAUCAUUGUUCAUACUAUUUCCAGCUUAGACAUCUGAUAAUAUGAUGUGGUGCAAACUCCGCAAAAAGCUAUUAUUGCUUCUAAUACUGCUAGCAGUGAUCAUAUUGUUCGUCUCUCAAACUUUCAGCUACUCGAAUGUUCAGAAGCUACGUUUGAAUCCCAUGCACCUGGAGUUCACAGAGCAUGACACUAAACUAAGGACACUACUACAUUUCUCAAAUUAUAAAUUCUCGUUAGCAGAUGCUUUUGAGGAUGAAGUUGGCGGAUGGGACGCGUUUGCUGCCAAACCCAAACCCGAUCGCUGCCUCUCGUUUUUCAAUUUCGUCGAUGCCAAGUGGCCUGAAUGGGAAGUGGAGCUAUUUCGCAGUCGUCAAUUUGAUAAAAGCAUUGUGAAGAAAGACAGUAUGAUUAAGUCUUUACUAAAGAAGAGCAAAUCAGGUGCGGAUUCACCUCCAGAAACUAUAGAAAAGAACAAAGACAGAGCGAACAAGACAUAUGACCGCAAACUCAAAGAAACAAUCUCACUAGAGCAAGACAUGGCAGACACUAUGACAAUAAUUCGGCUUUUUGGGCACUGUUUCUUCGAUGGUGACUCUCUUCCUGUCGAAGGAAAACUCAAAGAGAUCUACAAUCGCUAUUCAGCCAAGGUAGUCCCAUUUUUUAACGCGGAGAUACCGGAAGUGUUUGCUAAUGAUUCUGAGUUAGAAAUUCAGGACGCUUUUGAUAUGGGUCUGGUCCAGGACAAUAAUCUACUUGAUUUUUACUACAAAAAUAUGAAAGGGACAGGCAUUGUGCUUUCUAUGGCUACGCGCCAUUCACGAGAUGUCAUUAGACUCAUACAUGUACUUCGAGCAUUGGGGAACACACUUCCAAUCGAGAUAUUAUACAGAUCAGAUCUCCUGAGGGAUUCGAAGAAGGCAAUACUUCUUGCAGCAUCUCUGCAGAAGACCACCUUUCUUGGUGACAAAAUGACUGAUCACAAAAUAUUUAAGAAAGCGCUUGAUCGGGCUGGAGCUAGCGCUUCAGACGUCUCUGAUCUGGAUUUCCCGAAGCAAAAGGUCACCUUCAUCGAUAUGCAGCGCACCUUGACCAAAUUGACAAGGAGCGAUUUUUCAGAUUAUGAUAACAAGCUUUUGGCUUUGUUUUUUAACUCUUUUGAAAAUGCGUUUUUGUUUGAUGUCGACGCAGUUCCCCUUCUUCCUGUUGAACAGCUUCGGAAUCUCAAAGAGUUUAGUGAUACUGGAGCAUACUUCUUCAGAGAUAGAAAUUUGAUGGACAAGAACGACUGGAUAGAAACAAAUUUUUUCGCCAAAUUGAUGCCCCAUGAGUCAGACAAAAUUGAUAUGGCUAUGGGAAUUAAACCUGUUACCACGCACACCCUAGGAAACUCGUACAUGAAGGGUUGGAGACACUGUCAAGAAGCCGGCUUAGUCAUGGUUAAUCGGAGACGUCAUUUUCGUGCACUUCUAACGCUACUUCCCCUCUCUUUGUGGGGAGAGCCUAUUGGCUCCCUGAUCUGGGGAGACAAAGAAAUGUAUUGGUUGUCCAUGUCUGUAGCAGGCGACGAAAACUAUACAUUCAACAAAUAUGGGGCUUCGAGUGUUGGCGAACUCACGGCCGAGACAUCCCUAAAACAUUAUAACAACACAAAAUCAUUCGAGCUAUGUAGCUCUCAUCCAGGGCACGUGGCUGAAAAUGGUCAACUCUUGUGGAUAAACUCGGGAUUUUCCUAUUGCAAAAAAAAUGGUUAUAGCCGAGAUAAAUCAAAGUUUCCGUUCUCAGCUUUUCAAGAUAAAGAUGAAAUGAAGAAUCUUUACGAGAAUCCAUUGAGAAUUCGACAUGCCAUACUGCCCCCAGAACUUCCCACAUUACGUGACCCUAAUGGCUCUCCCGAUUUAUCGAGAGAACUUUUACACACGUUAGCAGACAAGAAACGAAAAAAGGACGUUGAUGAGAUGCCUGGAGUAGAUCAGAUCGACACUCAUGAUCCACAAAAAGGCUGGAUAAAGAGCCAGACUUGUGCGAACUACCAGUAUUGCGCCUAUAAUGCUAUACAAGCUCUCGAUGCUCCUGGACAGUUGGAUGAAAGUGGACAUGUAUUCCAAUUUGAUGCAGAAUCCAUCAAGAGAUACGAUAUUUUAGGUGCCAUCUGGAGUUCAUCACUUAUUAUUAGCGAUUUGCCAGAAGAGACUCCAAAUGAAACUUUAAUCCCAGAUAGUGACAAUGGGUCGGAUCGAGACGUCGAAUAUUUAUCAUCACUCGUCUCUGCUGCGGACCUGUUUUCUCCGCUAGAUGAAAUCUUCAAAUUCUGGAAAUGGGAAAAAAACACGGAUUCCGAGAGAGAGGACCUGAAAUCCUCGGAACAUUCUGAAGAAUUAAUAGCUACCGGUCUGCUCAAAGAGGAGAAGGGAAAGAGCGAGAAAAUUGAAGGUGGUACCGUGCGUUCUGACCCGGAAUCUGAAAUCCAUUAUGACCCUUCGGAAGUCAGACAUCGACCUGAAAAACUUCGCAAUGCUGUCAACGACGUGCUUGCGAGGAUUCAAGCAAACCAAUGAUCUUCAAGGGUUUGCAAGCACUUAGUUGAAAAAAUAUGCAUCUGUUAGAUACUAUAAAUAAUAUUCAUAUCGUCAUAAAGUUUGUAUAAUAUAAUACAUCUCACGUGCAGUACACUU